AUGAAGGAGAGCAGUCUAUUCGACGAGAUUUACGCCUCCGGAGCCCGUGAAGGUACCAUCUACGGGCCUGCAUUUAAAUCCACCAUUCGAUACUGGGAGGCUCCCAGCUGGACGGUCAUGGAGAGCAAACUGCGAGAGCUGGACACGGCUCGAUCUUUCCCGCCCUCUGGCUCACUGUUCUCGGCCGACCCGCCGACGCUGGACGGAUUCCUUCAAGGAUUCCUCCCCCUACAAUAUGCGGGCAGGAAAUGGUGUGCCCUGAUGUCCACCUAUGUUGUAACGUUUCGGUCCAUCUCUUCGGCACACGCCAGCGAUGCCUUGUCUCGUCUCCCCGCCUCCUUCUACCACGACUUGCUGUCUGCUCUCGACUUUGCCAGCCACGCAGAUUGGCCCAAGUUCAUCACUGCCGCGCCCGCCGAUGGGGACGGGCUUCGCAAGCGUGUGCAGCACGAACGAGUUGCCCUCGAGUACAUGAAGAGGGCCGUGGACAGGAGCUCUAACCUGGACUACUCGGACCUGCCUGAGCAUCUCUCCAAAUUCAUGUCUUGGGGCAAGCGCUGCGUUGCAAGGGAAGAGCAUAGACUGAUGAAGGAGCCGCUGCCCGACCUUUCCCGAAUAGCCAAGGCCGAUGCUGGCGGCGAGUCGCUCUACUUCCGCUGGACUGAUGCCCUCGUUCGACCCCUAGGCGACGGCGAGGUGCUGGUCAAGGUCGAAGCCACGGGCCUCAACUCGCGCGACCUCUAA